AUGAAAAAGAAAACCUCCUUCUCCACCCUCAAUAUCUUUCUUUACACCUAUUUAUCUUUAUCUCAUUCCCUCUCUCUCUCACUCUUUCUCUCACUCUUUCUCUCACUCUCUCUCUCACUCUUUCUCUCACUCUCUCUCUCACUCUCUCUCACUCUUUCUCUUAUCUCAUGUGCAAUUAUUUCUUUGCUUAUUUCCUCCGCCCCUCCCCUUCCUUUAUUCAAUUCUUACAAUCACUCCUUUCUUAAGUUUCUUAUAUUUUCUGUGUCUUCGUUCCCGUCCUUCGCUUGUUCCUUCCUUCCUUCCUUCCUUCCUUCCUUCCUUCCUUCCUUCCUUCCUUCCUUCUUUCCUUCCUUCCUUCUUUCCUUCCUUCCUUCCUUCCUUCCUUCCUUCCUUCCUUCCUACCUUCCUUCUUUCAUUCAUUCUCCUCUUUUGUUUUCCUUCAUUUUAGCGAUUGACUGCGUAUAUUCUAUCAUCAUCUCCAUCAUUCCUUCUUACUUUUUUCCAAGUUCAUUAAUUUUUCUCUUUCUUUUGUCUUCUGUUCGGGUUACUUUCCUACUUUCAAUAUAUCUUCCCUUCAUUGAUUCUCUGUAA